UAUAAACCCAGCACUUAAACCAUCAUCUUCAUGAGACACGACGCACAGCAUCACUGUGUUCAAACUACACCGACAAGCAGAAGAAGCGGAGAAGAUAAAGCAGAACAUCAGCCAACUAUGCGUCUGCGUGCAAACGUGUGUGUCGGCUGGGGCGCGUGCGUCCUGCUUGUGGCGUGUUUGUGCUCGAUGGCGGAAGGAUAUCCAACCAAGCCAGAGAACCCAGGAGAGGACGCACCUGUUGAAGAACUAGCCAAGUAUUACUCCGCGUUGAGACACUACAUCAACCUGAUCACGAGGCAGAGGUAUGGGAAAAGGUCAACCAGCGAUGCAUUGACCCCAGACCUGCUGUUUGGAGAGACAGAGAUGCGACUGCAGUCUAGAUAUGAUGACCCUUUGAUGUGGUGAUGUCAGUGUAUGCAUGUUUAUCAGCACCUCCUUCACUAUUAGUGAUGUCCAACAACCUCUGACAUCAUCAGAAAUGGCUACUUCCACAACUGUAUUGCAUAGAACUUUUUUGAUCUGAUAUGUGGUCCAUCGUUAGCAGGCAUCAGACUACUCUAAAACUGGUAGUUAAAGAGUAAUAGUGUUAGGUUUAAACAGGGCAUCGUUAUUAUCACAUUGUUUCCACCUACUGAAGGUAGAGAAUGAGCUCAUAAAACAUCGCUGAUUUGCAUGUAAUCCCCAGCCUCCCCUAUGUGUAUAUAGACUUCCUGUGUUUAUGAAUAUUGUAUGAACUGAAGCUGCACCAAUAAA